AGGGGGAGGGGAGAUCCGCCAUAUUGUGUGUGAAGGGCCCUGAGGCAGGCCGGCGCCUCCCCGCCCCAACACCAACCCCGACCCCAGCCCCGACACCAGCACCGGCAGCGGCAGCGGCACCGCCCCAGCAGGCCGGCACCAUGUCAGAGACUUACGAUUUCCUGUUUAAAUUCCUGGUUAUCGGCAGCGCGGGAACAGGGAAGUCAUGUCUUCUUCAUCAAUUUAUUGAAAACAAAUUCAAACAGGACUCCAACCACACCAUCGGCGUUGAGUUUGGAUCAAAAGUAGUUAACGUCGGGGGAAAGAGUGUUAAACUACAGAUUUGGGACACGGCAGGGCAAGAACGUUUCAGGUCAGUAACAAGGAGUUACUACCGGGGAGCAGCGGGGGCACUUUUGGUCUAUGACAUUACAAGCCGCGAGACAUAUAACGCACUCACAAACUGGUUGACGGAUGCCCGGACCCUCGCCAGCCCUAAUAUCGUCAUUAUUCUCUGCGGCAACAAGAAGGAUCUGGACGCGGAUCGAGAGGUCACGUUCCUGGAGGCGUCGCGCUUUGCACAAGAAAACGAGUUGAUGUUCCUGGAGACCAGCGCGCUGACUGGAGAAAAUGUGGAAGAAGCAUUUCUGAAGUGUGCAAGGACUAUCUUAAAUAAAAUUGAAUCGGGCGAGCUCGACCCUGAACGCAUGGGCUCGGGGAUCCAAUACGGUGAUGCUUCACUACGCCAGCUCCGGCAGCCCAGGAGCACGCAGGCACAGAACAGACAGCAGUGCAACUGCUAGGCACAGAGGUGGGGUCCUGAUGCUGCAGAACUUGUGCAAAAGCAGUGCUGCAAGUUGAUCAGUUUGCCGGUGACCUGUGGACCAGAGGGUGAAGCACUGCCCGUGGUUGAUGUCUCUGUGGCUUGGUGCCUUGCCCUGCGGUCUAGCGAUCCUCCCUGUACAGUAUACUGUGUGUCAUCUGCCUGUUUAGUGAGCAAAUCCUUUCAAUUCCAGUGUUUUAUAUUGCUGUACCCCUUUAGGUUGGCCUUCCUAAGCCACACGACUCCAGUGGGUGCACAGAAGGAAAAUAUUAUCCUCUUUUUAUCAAAAAAAAAGAGACCACACGAGAAGGUGUGUGGAAUGGUUUAGAUUCUCCCCUUUGGGCUGUUAAUUUUUUAUUUCAGUGAAGAGUGUUGCUACUGAACUCCUAACUAUACUGGCAAACUCCGUGCAAUAGAUUUUAUUCGCCACCGCCAUUUUGAGUGUGUUCAUUGUUCAAAGUGGCCGAUGUAGAUAGACUUUCUCCAUUCUCACAUAACCGCCACUUAUUGUGCUUUAGCACGAAAGGGCGCAAUGACAUUUAAUUUCACUUUGUUUCGCAGUUUGCAGCUUAAUCAACCUUGCUGGCAGCGCUGCCUUGGCACUUGAUGACUGGUUUCUGCUCUGGGUUUGGUCAUCAAGGCUCUUAUACAUUCAGGUUCUCUGCCUGCUAGUCUAAAGAUGCUCCCUAUCCCCAAAGUCGCCCGCUCCCGCCCCUUGUUUCCCAAUAUCUUGCAAAUCUGACGCUUGUUCCCCGCGAAGCUUAUUUGACCAUAUCACCUUGCACCUUUCUUCUGGUGCUCUGGUACCUGCCCUCUCUGUCCUGGGGCAAAGGUCCCAUCCCUGGAAACUUGGUACAUCAGACUGCUUGGCCAUUUGGGUAGAUUGUAGACAAAACACUUUUUUCCCCCCCACACACACACACCAAUAAUAUGCCAAUCUCAGUCCCGAUUAACGAGAGAAUUCCGCUUAUAUAUGUCACCUGUCCUGUUCAGAGGCAACCAUUUAGUUCCUGUUGGGUUGGGGAGGGGAAAUGGUUCUAAGAGUUAUCCUGAGGACAAUCCAAUCCCUCUCUCGUGGCUUGCAUUAGGGAAUGCCCAUCCCAGCUUGCAGUAGGGAAUGCCCAUCCCAGCUUGCAGUAGGGAAUGCCCAUCCCAGCUUGCAGUAGGGAAUGCCCAUCCCGGCUUACAUUAGGGAAUGCCCAUCCCAGCUUGCAGUAGGGAAUGCCCAUCCCAGCUUACAUUAGGGAAUGCCCAUCCCAGCUUGCAGUAGGGAAUGCCCAUCCCAGCUUACAUUAGGGAAUGCCCAUCCCAGCUUGCAGUAGGGAAUGCCCAUCCCAGCUUACAUUAGGGAAUGCCCUGGACCAGGCAGUAUUGGGGGGGGGGGUUGUCCAAAGUCCGUUGCAUUAGAACAUGAAUGUACAAGCACCCACUGCACUUCUGCACCACCCAGAGCAUUGGCCUCCUUGUCAACGCCCACCUUGGGCACGGUGACGUUUGACCCCACUUGUUCAGCGAGAGAAUGCCAUCUUUCGCUUGCAAAUAGCCCCAGCCGUGGCAGGCCCUGGGGAACCUAAAACCCUCACUCACACUGGCUCAGUGGGUGGUGGAACUGAACUGCCAUGCCUCCCUCCGUCCACCAUGAACGCUGACUUACAAACCCAACACCUGGUUUUGUCGUCAUUCCCGUCACCCCUUCUCCCCACCCUGAACGACUGAAGAGCAAACAAUACGUGGCACUUAGGUUCUGGAGA